GCGCCCCCGAGGCUCGAGCUGGCCCGAGAGGCUCCCUCGAGCGGGCGCGCGGGGCGGCGGCACCGCCCGCAGCCAUGCUGGUGGUGGACACUUGGCCCACCCAGGCCCCCCCCCCGUGCCUCCCGCCCGGGAGUGCCUGGCAUGGCCCUCGUGCAGCCGGCGCCGGCCUCGGCGCUGUCCCCGGCGCACGGCGCGAGCGGCCCCGCGCCCCCCGCGGCGGCGCCGGCAGGCGCCUCCGCGCUCUGCAGCGGCUGUGCCGCCGAGCUCCGCUCGGGCGCGCCGCCGCCCAGCGCCGGCCGAGCCCCCCUCGCAGCGGCGGCCGCCUGCGCCGCCGCCUUCGCGCUCGGCGCUGCCUCCGAGGGCGCGCGGCGGCGCGGCGGCGCGGGGAGGCUCGCCCGCUUGGUCUCGUUGCGCGCCAUCGGCGAGGAGGCGAUGGCGCCGGCCGCCGCGGCGGCGGCAAACGAGGUGCUCGGGCGCGCCAACCUGCUGAGGAUGGGCUGGCUGCCGUUCCCCCGCGGUCGCAAGCGAGCCGAAGAGCGCCCCGGCGUGCAGACGCUGGAGUUCGACGCGGUGGACGUCAGCGGCCUUGGGGCCUCGCCGGAGGAGGAGCUCGCCAUGCUCCGCAAGAAAGGGCCCAUGAAGGUGGCCAUGCUCGGGACGCGGGAGUGCCCUUACCAGCACCAGCAGGAGAUCGAGCUGCUGAGCGAAGCGCGGGUGAUGCGCGGCGACCACAUAUUCACGUCCGGCUCCACCGGCACCAACGCGUCAGUGAUCAAGGGUGCUCUGAAGGCGCGCCGCCCAGAGCUCCUCACGGUCGUGCUGCCCCAGAGCAUGAGCCAGCAGGACAAGGACUCGCAGAGCCUUCUGCGCGCCUGCCAGGAGCAGGGCGUGCAGGUGAUGCCCAUGCCGCAGCACGACGGGCCGCUCCGCUCCGCCCUGCCCAGCGCCGGGCGGCGCCCCGCGCCCGGCCGGGCGCCGCCUCUCUCGCCGAGCCACCUCCGCGGGCGGCCCCGUCGAGCGUCGGUCGCGCUUGUGCGCGCCAGGGGUCGGGGGGGCGGAGUGUCAGGGGAGGAAAGACCACCCGACCUCACCGCAAAGCCCCCCCCCAAAAAAGAAGGCUAGGCUGGCCGCACAGCCGUGCCCCUGGCCGCAGAGCCCUGCCCGCAGCGGGCCGCGCUGGGGCGGCGGCGGCGGCCCCCGGGCCGCGGGCAAUGUUCCCCCGCGCGGCGGCGGCGGCGGCGUGCGGAGGCGCCGCGCC